AAACUAAAUUCAAAGAAGGACUAGUUUGUUCCCACACUGCGAAGUUUCCUUCUCUCUGAAAUUUCGAGGGUUUCUGUCAAUUCUUCGUCUGGUGGAUCGGCAAUUCGGGACCAGUUAGCCAUGUUCAGAUUCUGGGGAUCACAAGAGCAACAAUCACAGGAUGGUUCCUCGCAGUCACAGUCGUGGUAUCCACCAUCAGUGGUAAGUUCACCAAGUUCGUCUAGGCCUGCUACACCGUCUGGAUCUUCUUCUUCAUUACCGCAUAGGCCUUCUUCUCAUGUUCCGCCCUCCGAAGCCGCCGGAGUCAUUGCUGUUUUGAAGGACAAGAGUGUUGAUGAGUUGCGGAAGCUUUUAUCUGACAAAGAUGCAUACCAGCAGUUUUUACAUUCGCUUGAUCAGGUCAAGAUUCAAACUAAUGUAAGUUUCAUAUCUUCACUCCAAUUUCUAGUGUUUUUUUUAUUGACUUCAUUGUAGUGCCACGGCCUUGGGUGCCUGGUCCUGGCCUUUUUCACUUCCAGCCUAAUGAAAAUUUUCAUUUGGUCUUUUGAUAAGUGGUUUGAAAAGGUUGGGGGCUGUCCAUAGUUUACUUAAAAACGAUUUUCUUUUUAAUGUGCUAAUUUUGUAAUCAAUACAUCAGAGUUUUUUUUGUUCCUUUGUACUGCACUGAGAUGGAGUUCAGUUGCAUGCAGCAUUUCUCGGUGUCUGAGAGUGUGAAUAUUACUGACAUACUUGUUAAACUCUUGAGCUAUUAUAGAGUACUAUUCUAGGUA